AAUGAAAAUCCCACUGAUCGAAGGUGUCAACAAGGUAAAAGUGAUGAAGGAGCUGAGCCUCUUGAAAAUAAGCAUGAAUUAAGAUUUCAGGAUAAACUGCAGGUACCUCAAGCUGAAGGAAUAAUUUAUGAAUGUGAUGAAGUGGAGAAGUUGAUAAACAGUAGUUUCUCAUUUUCACCACUUCAAGGAAUUCCUCUUAGUGUCCAAACCAACAUUUCUAAUUUGUAUGGGAAUGAUAUGCAUCCGUCACUACAGACACAAGGUCAGAAAGCACACAGGAAAAGACCUUAUAAAUGUAAGGAGUUUGGCAAAACCUUUUGUUGGAGGUCUGGCCUCAGUAGACAUCAAAACAUCCACAAAGGAGAGAAAUCAUAUGUGUGUGAAUGAUGUGGCAAAGCCUUUAAUCGAAAUUCACAUCUUGUGAUUCAUCUGAGAAUUCAUACUGGGGAGAAGCCAUACGAAUGUAUUGAGUGUGGCAAGGCCUUCGGUGUGCAUCUGUCCUUAACUGAGCAUCAGGUAAUCCAUACAGCAGAAAGACCAUAUCAGUGUCAUGUCUGUGGCAGGUGUGUUGGUCGCAGGUCACAGCUUGCAUAUCAUCAUAAAUUUCAUACUGGAGAGAAACUUUACACAUGUCGUAAGUGUGGCAAAACCUUUUAUCAGCGCUCACACCUCACUGAACAUAAAAAAAUCCACUCAAGGGAGAAAUUAUAUAAAUGUGAUACAUGUAGCAAAGUGCUUAGUCAAAAUUCACAACUUGCGAUUCAUCAGAGAAUUCAUACUGGUGAGAAACCUUACAAAUGUAAGGACUGUGGCAAAACCUUUUCUUGGAAGUCUUCCCUCAAUAGACAGCGAAUAAGCCACACAGGAGAGAAAUUUCAUAAAUGUGAAGAAUGUGGCAAAGCCUUUAAUCGAAAUUCAGAUCUUGUGCUUCAUCAGAGAACUCAUACUGGAGAGAAGCCUUACAAAUGUAAGGAGUGUGGCAAGGCCUUCAGACAAACAGGAGCCCUUGCAAACCACUGAAGAACGCGUACGGGAGAGAAAGCUUACAAGUGUGUAUAAUUGAGUGUGGCAGAUGCUUCCGUGUGCUUUCAAGCCUAAUUUACUGUCAGGAAAUCCACGCUGCCGAGAGACUUUAAAAAUGUAAUGAAUGUGACAAGGCUUUUCGCAGAUGUUCACAGUUGACACUUCAUGAGAUAAUUCAUCUCUGGGUAGAAGCCAGGUAAAGGUAUUUAGUGUGAUGAAGCCUUAAGAAGAGGAAUUCAUUUGCCAAAUCAUUCAUUCAGGAGAUUACCUCACAGAUAACCAUGUUAUGUGAAAAACCUUUACUUGGAGUUCACGUCUCACCAGUCAUCAGAGAAUUCAUACUGGACAGAACGUUACAUAUGCACCGAAUGUGGAAAGGUUUUAGGCUGAGCCUUGAACUCAGGCUUCACCAAAUACUUCAUACUUAAAAAUGGAACGAAUGCGGCAAAGUGUCAAAUUAUUGUUCACUUGUCACUAGGUACAAGAAUACUUAUCCUGGACAAAAACUACACUAAUGUGUGGGUCAAGGAUUGGAACAAAGAUCCCAGGUUGGGGAACAUGCUGGAGCAACACUUUACAAAUGCAGUGAGUGCAGACCUUGACUCGUGUUCAAGUACUGUGCAAGCACGGAGAGUCCCCAUUGAAGAGAACGGAAAAAAUACGGGCAGAGGCUUUAGCCAGGUCUCACAAUGGGCUAGACUUCACAAUGUAUUUUUUCUUUAACAGUUUUUUACAUUUUUACAUAAAAAUGUAUAUUUUUGAGAGACAGCCCAUGAUAGCAGUAUGUAUGCUAAGACUUGUAUCUGAGGAUCAAAACUGGAACGUAGAGAAUUUAUGUUGAAAAGCUUUUCAUGAUCUUUGGGAAGGAAUGGAUGAAGGGGCUGACUUCACUGGGUGUGGUUAGUUCACAUCCAUGUUCCCUGGAAAAACAAGGACCCUGAGUUACCAAGUUUUAUGCGAAUUAGCAUCAGAGAGGGGCAGAGACCAAGGAUCCAAAGAACAAUGGGUGGUUUGGAGAGCCUUGUGACAUGAACAUGCACAUCAGGCAAUGUCCAGUUCACAGUGGGUGCACUAGAAACUGGAAGAAAGAGUUGCCUUCGGUCUUUGGUUCAGUGGAAUAAUUGGAGUGGCAUGAUGGCGAACUGACCUUUUAACGUGGGAGUUGGCUACAGUCAGUUUUCAGCAUAAAAGACCACAUUUUAUUAGAAUUAUACCCUGGGUGUCAGAUGUUCAGCCCCUACUCAACAGAUGACUAAAGAGAAAUGUUAAAUGGAGAGACUCAUUACUCAGAUCCGGAAGGAGCUACGAGGCACACCUUGAAGGGCCAGCCUGUUGUGUUUCACUUGAGUUUCCCUCUUUGACCUGUGGAUUUUUAAAAGGAUGUGUUACGAGCAAGGAGGAUGUCACACAGGACUCUGAAUCAAGAGGAACCUCAUGUUUGGAAACACACUGAGGAAAGCUGAUGAAGGAUUUGUCAUCCUGAUCGUCUCUGUGAGUGAGAGUUCGGCUGAGGGUCAGAGGCGUUUCUUUGUGAUUUCUUGCAUCACAUCGCCACACGCGCUUACACUCGUGCAUAUUUUCCGAGAUUUCUUUGAGGUCAGAAUCCUCGAUGCCAUGGCUUUCCUUUCUUUCCAGUAUCACUAGAUGGUAUAAUUCUCCUUUAUGAAUGUCUUCUUUUGGUAAUAAUUCCUUGAUUGCCAAUCCAGCAGAAUGGCUUCCUAUUAUGGAGUUAAAAAAUAAAUAUAUCAAAUAACAGUUAAAAAAUAA